CACAGUACUGUCCACAACAACCGGAAGUUCAAGCAUUCACUGAACACUCGAUCUUUUGAUCAAAAAUCAUUUCUUUACACCUGACUUUGAUAGUCUUACUCAAAAGCAACAGGAUUGCAGUCUUACUCACUUCUCCACAAUCAUGGCUACUCUCCCUGCAUCUUUCCAGCAUGCUAACAAGGCUGCUCUAUCCGCUGCUCUUGCUGAGAACCCGGAAUCUAUCGGCGGCGCAGACGUAGAACCUGGUGAAAUUCAAGAGGUUGAUAUGCAAGCUCAGGCAGACGACAUUCGUACCGUCUUUAGUCACCCCACCAAUUUCAAUGUCAAGCAUCCUCUAUACUCACCCUGGACCCUGUGGUUCGAUUCCCCUGCUACUAAAGGCCGCAACCUCCCACAAACCCCCGUUUCUUCCUUCCCUCAAACUCCCGUUCCUCAGACCCCUGGUGUUGCUGCUGCACAGGGAUGGAUGGAGGAUAUCAAAAGAGUCGUCACUUUCGAUAGCGUCGAAGAGUUCUGGGGGCUCUACAAUCAUAUUGUACCUCCCUCACAGCUUCCCCAAAAAGCAAAUUACUACCUCUUCAAGGAGGGCAUCAUACCUGCAUGGGAAGAUGAAGCAAACAAGCUCGGUGGCAAGUGGAGUAUACAGCUGCCCAAAGAGAAGAAUCGCAGUCAGGUUGAUAAAAUGUGGCUUUACACCAUGCUCGCCGCUAUUGGCGAAACCUUCGAUCCCCAACUUACAAGCGGAGAGGCAUCUGAGCCCAAUUCUCAAUCGCUUAUCACCGGUGUGAUCGUAUCUACCCGACCGCAGUUCUACCGGUUAUCGAUUUGGACGCGACUUGCGCCUGCUGCAGAAGAGGACAAGUUGCGUGAACGCAUCGAGACAGUUGGACGACACUUCAAGAUAAAUGUACUAGGCUAUCCUGAGACCCAAAAACUGGCUGGCCCUCUCGCGACUGAGGUCGAGUUCCUUUCCCACAAGGAUUCUGAGAAGAAGGGCAAGACAGCAAAGAAGCUUGUCAUUUGAGUGGGUGUAUAAGUUACUAUUAUAUCGAUUGAGCAGAGUUAUAGAUAGAUGAGUGCUGCUGGAUACGCCUGAUUUAUUCGUAUGGUCUCGAACGAAUAUUCUCAUUUCAAGCUCAUGCUGCUGCUGCUGCGAUGCACAAUGAUACUCAAAAUCACACCCUUGUGCCGUCC